GGAAGUGGGCGUCUCUGUCACAUUUAGCAGUUUACUUUAAAGGUGCUUCCAGGAAACAUGCAAACUCAUCCAAACACUUCAGAAGAGCUUCAGAAGAACUGAAUCUACUGAGAAGAUCAUUUAAUAAGAGAGAAGGAUGAGGAUCAUCUUGACUUUCACUCUGCUUAUGAUUCCUGGUGUCGUGAGCUCCAUCAGUGUGACAGGAUAUUCAGGAGGCGGAGUCACAAUCACAUGCAAAUAUAAGACAAAAUAUGAGCAAAAUGAAAAGUCUUUUUGUCGAGGUGAUCAGAGCUCCACAUGCUCUGAGACUAAAGAUGAUUCUGGAAGAUUCUCUCUGUAUGACGACACAAGUUCAGCAGUCUUGAAAGUGACCAUCAGAAAUCUGAGUGAAGAGGAUUCUGGGACGUACUACUGUACAUUUGGUAAAACUAGAGGAAAAGAUUCCUACACUGAAGUGAAUCUGAAGGUUAUAAGAGAUCAACAAAACAGGACUGUGAGAGGAUAUUCAGGAGGAAACGUCAUUAUAAACUUCAAAUAUAAGAUGAAACACAAGAACAAUGUGGAAGUCUGUAAAACUGCAGCAGAUCAAUGUUUGACUGUAAUGAACACUAACAGAGCAGCAGAACAGAAACAUGACGGACGAUUCUCUGUUUAUAAUAACAGAUCUGCAGAUCUCUUACGUGUGUUUAUCAGAGAGCUGAAUGUGAAUGAUUCUGGAGAAUAUAAGAUUACAGUCAAAGUUUCUAAACAAUACAGUGUCUUCUCUGAGUUUAAUCUGGACAUCAGAGACGAUGAUUGUUGUGAGAAGAGCAUCAGUCUAUCAGCUGCUGCAGGAGGAUCUGUGAACAUCAGCUGCAAAUACCCACAAUCCCACAGAAAAGAUGUGAAGUUUCUCUGCUGGAGAUCUGGAGAUGAUCUCUGUGCUGAAGAGUCGUCUGUGACAAAGAAAAGUAAAUGGAUUAAUAAGGGAAAGAUCAAGCUGUAUGAUGACAGAGAAAAGCAGCUCCUGACGGGAAGCAUCAGUCAUGUGACUGAACAACAUUCAGAAUACUGGUGUGGAGUUCAGUCUGAUCAAGGACACAAGAGCUUCAUCACACGAGUCCAGAUCAGUGUUACAGAAACAUCAUCACCACCACCACCAUCAUCAUCUGCUUCUUCUUCUUCUUCUUCUUUUUCAUCAGUCAAAACUUCACCAAGCACAGUUGUUUCCAGUACUUCUACAUCACUGGAGUCUCCAAACACAUCAGCAGAAACAUCAUCACCACCACCAUCAUCAUCUACUUCUUCUUCUUCAUCAGUCAAAACUUCACCAAGCACAGUUGUUUCCAGUACUUCAACAUCACUGGCGUCUCCAAACACAUCAGCAGGCUCUUCUCUGAUCAUCCCUCUGGUUCUGUUUUUUCUGGUUCUGAUCAUAGCUGGACUCUUAUUACUGUUUUUCUGUAAGAAGUGUCAGUCUCAAGGUGGUGAUUCGUCAUCUCAGACUGGACCAAGAAAACAUGAAGUGGUUUCUCACACUGGUUGUGAUUAUGAGGAGAUUAAAGACGCUCACAAACAAUUACCCACAAACCCCUCCGAUUCUUCUGACACUGUUUAUUCCACUGCCAAAUUACCCACAAACCCCUCUGAUUCUAACUGCGUUUACGUUACAGUUCAGAAAGCCACUGGUGACUCUCAGUGCUGCAUCACAUCUGCUGAGGAUCUGAAUUACGCAGUGGUGAAUUUCCACAAGAAAUCUGACUGUCCUGACAGUGUCAGUAGCAGGAAUAAUCAGGAUUACAGUGAAUACGCUGCUGUCAAUCAUUUCACUGCUUGACCAACAACAGCAGAGAAUAUAAAUGAGCUGAAUGUUUUAUCACCUUGUCUUUGGCAUUAAGUUUGCGUGUUUGGUGUUUCUUGUAAGUCUUCAGUGAUUCUCCUUUUCCUUAUAUUUUAGUCAGUGUUGUGAAUCAGACUUUUGACUGUUGGCAUGAAGUCUGAUGAAUGUUUAAAUUACAGCGCAGUGUUUUGUUCUGCAGACGACAAUGAAAGAAAUGAUCAGAAGCUUUUGGUCAGAGUUUGAUAUAAAUAAGUACUGAAUGUUUCAGACAAAAGUGUAAAAUUAAAGCAGAAUAUACAGCUGUGCUCUAAUUUAUAAAGCUAACAAACUUUAGCACAUUCAGCAACUGUUGUUUUUUUCUCUCAGUUCUCAUUUUAACAGAUAACUUAACCUGAUAACUUAA